CAGCAGAAGUUGUUAUUUACAAGUUUGGUUUGGAAAGAUUCUUCACAAAUAAUGAUGCCAUAAAAUUUUAUACCGGGUUCUGCUCAUAUAAGCAUUUUCAGUUUUUUUUUUAUAAUUUUGCAAAGCCUUCUGCUGAAACAACCACAUAUUGCUAUGCCACAGGUUUAUUAGUAAACCGGCCAAAUAUCAGGGCUAUGCAACUCCUAGAUGAAUUGUUCAUGUUUUUGGUUACAAUUAGGUUGGGACUUUUUCAACAAGAUCUUGCACACCGUUUCAACUUGCAUGUCUCAACAGUGAGCAGAAAAACAAAUACCUGGGCCAACUAUUUGUAUUUUCUUCUUAGAAUGCAACCAAUUUGGCCAACUAGGGCUGAUGUUAGGGCUAAGAUGCCAGCUGAAUUUAAAAGCCUUUACCCCACCACUCGUGUAAUCCUCGAUUGCACCGAAAUAUUUGUUGAGACACCAUCAUCUCUCCUUUUGCAAUCACAGCUCUACUCUUCUUAUAAGAGUAGCACCACAAUAAAGAGCUUGGUAGGCAUUGCACUACAUGGUGCAACAACAUUUGUAUCAUCCAUGUUUACAGGAUCAAUUUCAGAUAGAAAAAUAUACAAGAUGUUCAGGUAUACUAGAUUUGUUGGAGAAUGAGGAUUCUGUGAUGGCAGAUAAGGGUUUAAAUAAAGUUAAAUAUGUCGUAUCUAAGUAAAGGAUGUUUAACGAAAUGUAUCAAUUCAUAGAAACUUUACCAAAACAACAACAAAGCUGACUGAAAGAAUAAAAUUGGCGUGGUCGGUCCUAAUAAGGAAAAAAAACUGGAAACUUCGGUUCAACUGGAAGAUGUGAAUGUAACUCAGAAUCAUCAGUACGGUUUACAAACUUGGAUAUGGUUUGCAAAUUUGGAUAUACAUCACACAAAGAGUAACAAGUUUAACAAAAAAUCAAACUGACUAAAAUAAAGUUGAAAUGGGUGAACAUCGUCGCAAAGAUGAUAUUGCAACACCUGAAGCAGUAUUGUGAGAUCAAAAAUUGGUCUAUACUCGACUGCAAGGAAAUAGGUUGGAAAAUCUUAAACAUUUCGCUGUUUUUUUGGAAAAGAUCCUAACAAGGAUGAUGCUGCUUCUGCUGUUGCUGUUAUACAGGGUCACCAGAACUCAAGGAGAUGCGCAAGAUGCAUAGUGGUCAUGCUGUUAUACAGGGUCACCAGAACUCAAGGAGAUGCGCAAGAUGCAUAGUGGUCCGGAAAAAUCUUUGAAAGACUAACAGCUCUUGUGAAGAGGACAGACGAUCGCCCUAAUGAUCUGGAGCAAUAUGGAAGCCGCAAUUGCUUCAAGUACAUGGGAGAAAGAAAUAGUCUUUUACAUUAUAUUUUAAAUAAACUUACUACUAUAUCCAGUAACCCCCGGCAGACAUUGUGAUGAUGGUUGCCUAUGUUCUCCUCCUAUUAUGAUUAAAUUAGUCCGCAGGAUGGUCAGAAAGCUAAAAGGAACCGGAAUGUCGGUGACACGGAUUCUCUAACAUCGUAGAUCGUCGAGAAAGCCAACGUUUUUUCGGAUUCCGGAACGUCUGUACCUCUCAAAUGGAAAACCAUCUACGUGACCCACA